AUGACGAGCGGCUUUCCAAACGGCUCUUUUGUGCAGUUGUCACCACGGUUUCUCACCGACAAUGAGGUCAAGUCCAAAGCUGCCCUGAAGCGCCUGCGAAUUAACCCCGCCAACUGGGGAGACCUCAUCCGGAGCCGAGCGAAGAGAGCCGCAGUAAACUUCGAAGCCCACCGCAUCGCCGCCGCCAAAGCCAAAUGCGAGGCUCAACUGUCCCCCCCCCUCCCACCCCCAACUCGCAACGCCAACGCUUAA